CUGGCAAAACCAUUAAAAAACACAGAACUUGAAACUCUCUUUCUCUCUCUCUCUCAAUCUUCUCUUUCUUUUGAGAUGCAAAUUUUAAGGUGAGACAGAGAGUCAUAUUUAAUACUACGUGGUCUGUCAGAAAACAAGAUUUCAUUUCAUUACAUACACCCUUUCCCAUUUAUCAUCUCCCUCUCCACUUUCUUUCUUUGUCCAGACAUUUCCCCCAAUUCUUGAUUUUCCGACGACGAUGAGAGACUUCGCUUCUUGUUUCAACGAAUACGCCGUCCAUGUCUCCGAUUCCUACGCCUGCGCCAGCCACGCCGGAAAUUCUUGCAUUUCGUCGGCGCUGACUCCCUCGGCGCAGAACACGGUGGUCUGCGUUUACAGAGCCGUUCUGUCCAGCCGGAGAAUUGUUCCGAUCAGGGUUUCCUGGACCCGAACCGCCGCGUCUCAGGGCCUCACUGUUAACUUCGGCGAAGACGCGGCGACCGCCGCCGUUUUCAAGCUGAACGGAAACGCGCGGCUUUUCCGGAAGAAAAAGGGGAGCAAAUCGUUGGAGUUCGGGAAUUCCAAGGUCGAAGUUUUCUGGGAUUUGUCGGCCGCGCGGUACUGCGCCGGCCCGGAGCCGAUCGACGGGUUUUAUGUUUUAGCCGCCAUAGAUUCCGAGCUCAGUCUCCUCCUCGGAGACAUGGCGGAGGAGGCCUCCUGCCGGAAAAUCAAGCCCGGAUUUCACCCGGCGAAAUGCUCGCUCAUUUCCCGGCAAGAACAUUUCGCCGGCAACGCCCUGUAUUCCACCAAGGCGCAAUUCUCCGACACCGGCACGCCGCACGACGUCGUCGUUAGCUGCUACGGCGACAAUGCGGCGGCGGCCGCGAAUAAUAAUAAUACAAAGCACCCUGUUUUGUCAGUAUCUAUCGACAAAAAAAUGGUGAUUCGUGUGAAGCGGCUUCAAUGGAAUUUCCGGGGAAACCACACGAUUUUCGUCGACGGUUUGCUGGUUGAUCUGAUGUGGGACGUUCAUGACUGGUUCUACAAUAAUUCCGGGCCGGGAAUUGCAGUUUUCAUGUUCAGAACAAGAAGCGGAAUGGACAGCAGGUUGUGGCUUGAGGAGAAGUUGCAGAGCAAGAAAGAUGAAGACAAAGUUGACUUCUCAUUCUUGAUCUAUGCCACUAGAAGCACAUAACAAAUACAAUUUUCUUUUCAAUCUUUGAAAUUUUUUGUUACUAGAAACCAGCGAUCACUAUCCAGAUUCUCGGACCUCACAUAGCUGACAGACUCAAAUUAAGAACACCGCUCCUGCUGAGACUCGGUUGAGACUCGUAACUGUGUAGCUAUCAGGUCAACAGUCUGACCAAAUUGGCUGGAUUACUCUAGACUUUGAAUUUUUUGUUGCCUAACUUUAAUUUUUGGGCUCAUCUUCUCUUUUUACAUGUUGAUUUUAGGCUUUUAGCAGUGUUCUUCAUGAAAGAAAGGGGGAAUUUUUACAAUUAUUAUCUGGGAUUCUUGAUCUUGGUCAAUUCAAAGUCUGCAAAUGUAAAUUGUACUUUUGAUGUAUCUAAUUAUGGUUAUGUCCUAAUUAAACUUCUUUCUCUUCUUGUUCUUAA